AUGUUACUCAGACGCAGGUUUUUCGCAUUUGCCCCAUUCUUUAAUGGUGUGAUUUUAUUCAAUCUGCGAUUACUGGAAGGUUUGGGAAUUGAGAAAUCGUGGAACAAAAUGAAGGAAGAUUGGUGGACUAUCUAUUCGAACAGUUUGAAGGUUUGGCCGGCGGUUCAACUCGCAAAUUUCUACCUAGUUCCGUUGAAUAUGCGUGUUAUUGUCGUUCAACUAGUGGCACUUUUCUGGAACACCUAUCUCUCAUACAAGACACAAAAACUUAUCGAGCCGGACGAGCAACCCUCAAUGUUGGAGCUUAUCAAUGUUUGGAAGAAGACAUUGAACAUCUAG